AUGAAUUACACAAAGAAUGAAGGGUACUCUCAGGUACCUCUGAACGGGAACCAGUUCGUAGUGCAAAAUAUUUCAAAUUUGGCCUAUCCUAUAGUGACGGAUGGGGCAAAUGGAAAUGUGAUGCAAACUCGGAACUCCCAGCCUAAUAUAGAAACCAGGAUACCAAACCAAGCAGAAGAGUCAAACUCGAUGGAAGCUGAAACUAUAGGUAACGGGAACAUAUCGAUGACAGAUGUUAAUAAUGGUGGCGAUGCCGUGGGGGUACCAAGUAGAAGCCAUGUAUUUGAGUUCCAUGACCCAUUCGAUAUUAACUCAUAUCCGAUAACGAAUCCGCCAAUUUUUGACACAACCAUGAUGCUUCCAUAUACCACAAAUGAGGGUAUCCCCAGGAGGAGGAGAAUAUCUAUUUCUAACGGGCAGAUUGGGCAGAUUAUCAACCACGAGUUUUACUUGGAAAAUGAGAGUCCACUCGAUGAUGAGUUGAAUGGGACCAGACCGACGAACCAGCAGGUAUCAAAAGACGAUACUGUGUUGAAUGACGUUAGUACGCAUCAAAACAGGAACCCAGUACGAACAGGGCCAGCAGGGCAAUCAGUGCUGCAUCAACACCCUCAAUUGCCUCCGAAGGAAUUGGUUUCUCAGCCACAAUUAAAAGUAGAUCAUGAUAUACUGCGGGAACAGCAACAGGGAUCUGUUAUAAAGAAUGAGUUGAAAUCUGAGUCGCCCAAAAUCCAAAUUGGAGGUUCGGCACCUGCAGCAGGCGUUCCUCCUCCAAACCAUCAAUUAAUAUACAAUAAUGAAGUGAUCUACAAUCCUAAUAAUGGGCCAAUUCCCGGGACGGCAGCUUGGAAAAAAGAAAGACUAUUGGAACGCAACAGACUAGCAGCUUCCAAGUGCAGGCAACGCAAGAAGCAUGCACAACAACAGCUCCAGAACAAUGUAUCCAAAUAUCAGAAAGAUGUUGAUUUACUCAAAGAUAAACUAGAUAAAUAUGGGACAGUUUUCAAAAACUUCAAUUUGAUAAUUUCCAAACAUGCCGACAAAUUUCCAGACUCGGAUCUAAAAUUACUAGCAAGUUUUAAAGAUAUCGACGCUAUAACUGAUAGAGACCUUGAGACUAUUUCCAAGAUUGCUGAUAGUUGA